GCCAAAAGCAGUUUAGUCCGGCGGCCAGCGUACGACUUUCCCCGCUUCUCCGCUGUCAUCGUAUAAGAACCCCAGCAUCCCAUCCCGUCAAGCUUCGCGUCUCCAUCUCUCCGAACCCAUCCCGAAAGCAAAACCUCACGACCUCUUACAACAUGCCCAGUGGUUCCCCCGAAUUCCAGCAAGCUUGCGCGGACGUCAAGACGCUAGGCUCGAAGCCUAAGGACGUGGUUCAGUUGGAGCUCUACGCCUUGUUCAAGCGAGUGACCGUGGGUGAUGUCACGGGGAAGGAACCGAAGCCUGGGUUCACAGACUUUGAAGGCAAAGCCAAGUUGGCCGCUCGCCAGAAAAUCGCCGGGAUGUCCGAACAGGACGCAGAGAAGGCCUACAUCGAUCUCGUCAAGAACCUCCUCAGCGCUUAGAGUACCGUGUUCGCGUUUGUGCCCAUGAGGCGUGCGAUGGGGACAUGUCUGUGUUAGUUAUAUAGGAAAUACACGCUCGUGCGCGCUAAUAAUAUGGCUUCUGGUCCUUUCCGCAGCUAUACAUGCUACCUAU